UUCAGUCCUGUGGCGAAGAUCAUUUACAAUUGCUAAAAGGUUACACAGGACGUUUGGGUGUGUUUCACAGGUCGCAGUGAUAAUUUAUGGGGAUAUGGUUGAAAGAGUGAACGAACAGUGAGAGGAUUUUGUUUCUCCGUAGUGUGCGUGUGGAAGAUUGAAAACUGAGCGAUUUGUUUAUUCCGUCGGGUGCGUGUGGCAGAGUGAACACUAAGCGGAUUUGUUUUCUCCGUCGGAUGCGUGUUGAACAGUGGACACUGGGCGGAUCUGUUUUCUACGCCGUGUACUUCUGGAAGAGAGUGAACACUGGGAGGGUUGUACUUCUCCGCCGGGUGCGUGUGGCAGAGUGAACACUAGCCGGAUUUGUUUCUCCGCCGGGUGCGUGUGGCAGAGUGAACACUGGCCGGAUUUGUUUCUUCGUCGGGUGCGUGUUGAAGAGUGAACACUGGGCGGAUUUGUUUUCUACGUCGGGUACUUGUUUAACAGAGUCAACAUUGAGAGCAUUUUGUUUCUACGCCCACUGCGUGUGGAAGAGUAAGUACUUUUGUUGAAAAGUGAACACUGACUGGAUUGGUUUCUCCGUCGGACGCGUGUGGAAGUGUGAACACUGACUGGAUUUGUUUCUCCGUCGGUUGCGUGUUAAAGAGUGAACACCGAGUGGAUUUUGUUUCUCCACCUGGUGGGUGUGGAGGAUUGGACACUGUUUGGAUUUAUCACUCUCUUGUUUGAUUGUCCACCUAUUAGUAAUUAAUAGAUUGUUGUUGUUUUUCGAGGGUGGUUUGUCAGACAAGUUGUCUUUAUUGUAUUUAUUAUAUUACGCACGCGCAGUUGUCUUUCCUGUGGGAGUAAACCGGUGUACCCACGAGGAGUAAACCCAUGUGAUUGAGAAGGUGCCUCUAUCUCCACGCCGUAUACGCUCACUCUACGACCACAAGCCAGGGGUGACCGACCAGCUAGAACUCAAAACGCAACACUCUAGACCACUAAGACAUCCCAUUAACCCUAACUAUCAGAACAGUUCUCUUAUUAAUGAUAUCAAGAUGACGAAGGAAGUUAACGGUUCCAAGACAAGUCUGAGUGAAGGAGGCGGUGGUGUCAAAUUAGAAAAGUCUCUUAGCUUAUUCAACGGUGUUGCCAUUAUCGUGGGUUCUAUCGUAGGCGGGGGAAUUUUCAUCUCUCCGAAGGGGGUGUUGCAGGAAGCGGGUUCUGUCGGGUUUUCAAUGAUAAUAUGGGCUCUAUGUGGAAUGAUCUGCCUUGUCGGUGCCAUGUGCUACGCUGAAUUAGGGACAUGUAUUCUGAAGUCUGGUGCCGAUUAUGCGUAUAUCAGGGAAGGCUUUGGAGGUCUUCCAUCGUUUUUAUAUCUGUGGGUAGCUUUGAUUGUUAUAUUUCCAACCGGCAAUGCCAUUACGGCACUGACAUUUUCAAACUACAUUUUAAAACCUUUUUUUCCUGAUUGUGAUAUUCCAGAGGUUGCUGUGAGUUUGUUAGCCGCUCUUUGCAUAACUUUAUUAACAGUUAUAAAUUGUGCGAGUGUAAAAUGGGCGGCAAAAGUACAAGAUAUAUUCACAAUCAGCAAGGUUGUAGCGUUACUUAUUAUAAUUGUCACUGGACUCGUCUUCCUCUUCAUGGGAUCAAACGAAAGUUUUAAAGAACCAUUUCAAGGCUCAACUACAGAAGCCAGUAAAUUUGCCAUGGCGUUUUACUCUGGGUUAUAUGCGUAUGCUGGAUGGAAUUGUUUAAAUUUUGUAACAGAAGAACUAAAAGAUCCAUACAAGAAUUUACCUCGAGCUAUCUGGAUAUCGUUGCCGUUAGUUACAACUAUAUAUAUUCUAGCUAAUAUCGCAUAUCUAGUUAUAUUAUCACCAGCGGAACUUAUAGCAUCUGAUGCCGUAGCUGUGACGUUUUCUAAUCGCACACUUGGUGUCAUGUCAUGGAUUAUGCCGAUAUUUGUUGCCAUGUCAACGUUUGGUAAUUUAAAUGGUUGUAUAUUCACACAAGCAAGGUUGUUUUUUGUUGGAGCUCGUUAUGGACAUUUACCUGGAUUUUUAGCUACCAUCAACCCUAAAUUAAUGACACCUGUGCCAGCUAUAAUGUUUGGUUGUAUAAUGUCACUGAUUAUGUUGUGUUCAAGUGAUAUAUAUGCGUUAAUUAAUUACGCUGCGUUUGUUGAAACGUUAUGUAUUGGUGUAUCUGUAGCAGCGUUACUCAUGCUACGGUAUACACGACCAGACAUGGAACGACCAAUUAAGGUACAUAUCAUAUUUCCUAUAUUUUUUCUGUUGAUUAUAAUAUUCCUGAUUAUAACACCGUUAACAUCUAGUCCAAUGGAAUGUUUGAUGGGUAUUGCCGUGAUGUGUACUGGUAUACCAGUCUAUGUUGUCGCUGUCAUGUGGUCUAAAAAACCUCAAGUCUUUGAAAAUUAUCACAAAAAAUUCUCACUAUUCAUCCAGAAAUGUUUUUAUGUGGUGGCUGAGGAUAUAGAAGAGAUAAAAAUGGACUAAAUCUAAUUAAUUUAUAGCUCCUUGGUAAUCUUUUAAUUCUUUACACCUUUACUCUAACAUUAUUGUCAAAUAUUCGGAAGAAUUUGGCAAUACCAUAUUUAGUGCCAUUUGUUGGACGUUGGUGUGAGUCCGGAGGAAAAGUCCUAGAAAUUGUGAUUCUGAGAUGAAAAUAAUUGAAAUUCUAUUAAUUUCAAUAACGGGAACCGUUUGAUAUGUUUUCAAUCUGAUUAAAAUCCAGAUCUAUAUUUCGUUUCUUUUUUUUAUACUUUCGAUGGCCUACACUACAUGAAGUUCUCGCAAGUUGUACUUGGAGGUCACGUCAGAUGUCAUACGAGCGACUUUUGACCCUAUGACGUCAGACAUUUGAUUAACCACUCAGCAUUUGUGUUUCUAAUGGAUUAACCACAGUUCCGUGCACCACACGCCAAAAGCUCGCCGUAAUCCUCACAUCAUCCAAAACACGUCACUGAUAACAAAGACAAGUAAAACGAAAUUUUGAACUAUAAAAAACGAAACGAAAUAGGAUUUGUGUUUUAAUCAGAUUGAUAUGUUUUAAAAUAAAGAGUAUAUUAUAUCAGUGUGGUGUGUUGUUACGUUGGUGAUUCCCUGGUUGUACGUGACAAGGGGUAGGGUCGCCUGUCCAUCCUCGUGGGUUUUCUGCGGGAAUCCGGUUUCCGCCCAAUACUAAAGAUCCCUACGCAUAAGAGAAUUAUUGAAAUACAAUUGAACCAUAUGUUAGUCCCGAAAUGACCUAGCUUGUGUCGAGUGGACGUUAAUCCCCAUUUCCCCCUCUCUUAAUGCCAGGUUCCCACUGUCGUGCGGUGCGUUACGAUUGUCCCUAUUGAGUCCACGAUCUGGUAUGUGUAGAUACGCUCGGAUACGUUUCGAUACGAUCAACACGAUUGCUGCAACUGACCUCAAUAUAUGAUCAGACCCAAUAGGAUCAUAACGAUAACUCCACGAUUAAAACGUAGCGUGAAUCGUGAUAGUGGGAACCUAGAAAAAUACAAGAAAUUGUAAACGUAUAUUUAUUGUAAUGGUUUUUUUAGUGUGUUUAUUUGUAGUUAUAUUGACCAGGUCCUAUAAAUAAUUAUAAACUUUUAUCUAUGUUCCCCGUGGCUAGAUUAUAAACUUUUAUCUAUAUAAUGACUGGGUUUCAUAUACUUUUUAUCUAUAUUCACUUUAUAUUCACUUUACCCCAUCAAUUUUUAUUACUCUGAUCUCAUAAUAACUGUUAUCUAUUUUUACCUUCGUAUAAUUAACAUUUACCUUCGAUUAAUUAACAUUUACCUGGCUAUAUCAUAUUUAUUUUAAUGAAUGCAUCAUAUUUAAUAACCGAAUGUACA